AUGUGGCUGAACGCCACUGUGUCCCAAUACGGUCUAGUGGUGCCGGCGCUCAUCGGCGCCGGAUUUUGUGUUUGUCCUUUCCUGGCAGCUGUUGGAGCAGCUGUGGCCAUUUGGCAUUCCAAGAGCAGACCAUCCUGGCGCAAGAACACGAACGCGACGACUCCCGACGACGCACACGAGGCAGCCAGCGUUGAUUUUGUCGCCCACCCGUUCGUUGUCUAUCGAUUCUACUUACGGCGCCUGGCGAACCUCAAAGCGGACUACUCGUAA